CACUGAUAGGUCGAGUAUUAAUUUUCAGUGGCCUUCUAAAAUUUUCAAAGAUAAUCUCAAGAUUGUUUGACAGUUUCUGAAACUUGGAUUUAUCAAUAAGGUCCAGUCUGAUUAUUGUAUCUAGUCUAAGCUUAUAUUUGAAAAAUAAAAGUUAUAGUUCUUGUUUAACUGUGUUAUUUUUCUAAUAUAUUUUUGUAGUUGAUUUAAUUAAAUCUAAAAAAUAUGGCAAAUAUUCUUAAUAGGGCUGUCUUCUAUGUUACGAAUUCUGUUUCUAAAACAUCACUUAAGAUAUUUGCCAAUAGCCCUGCUUUACAGCAAACUUAUGAACAGAGAAGAAAUCUGAAUGUUCAUGAACACAUAAGUUAUACUCUUCUCAAUGAUGCUGGUAUUCCUGUGCCAAAAUUUGGUGUUGCCAAAAGUGCUCAGGAAGCUUCCGAAAUAGCACAGAAGUUAGGAAUCAAAGAUAUAGUCCUAAAAGCUCAAGUUCUUGCUGGAGGUCGAGGAAAAGGACAUUUCAAAGGAGGUCUUAAAGGCGGAGUGAAGAUGGUUUUCACCCCUGAGGAAGCUGCAAAUACAACUGGUAAAAUGAUAGGUGAUUACUUGAUAACCAAGCAAACUGGAGAGAAAGGUCGUAUUUGUAACUCAGUAAUGGUUACUGAAAGGAAAUUUCCCCGUAAAGAAUACUAUUUCGCAAUAAUGAUGGAAAGAGCAUUUAGUGGUCCAGUUGUUAUUGCUUCCUCUCAGGGUGGUAUAAACAUUGAAGAAGUAGCUGCAGAGAAUCCAGAUGCUAUUCUUUACAUUCCCAUUGACAUUACAACAGGCCUGUCUAAACAAACAGCCGAAGACAUUGCAGUCAAGGUAGGCCUAUCUGAUAAAAAAGAACAGACAGCUCAGAUGUUAUUGAAUAUGUAUGACCUCUUUGUUAAAAAAGACGCACUUCUUAUUGAAAUAAACCCUUAUGCUGAAGACUCAAAUGGAGAUUAUUUCAGUCUUGAUGCUAAGUUUCGAUUUGAUGAUAAUGCAGAGUUCAGACAAAAAGACCUGUUUGAAUUAAGAGAUUGGACACAAGAAGAUCCUAAAGAGGUUGAAGCUGCAAAACAUAAUUUAAAUUAUAUUGCGCUUGACGGCGAUAUUGGUUGCCUUGUAAAUGGUGCUGGCUUAGCUAUGGCUACAAUGGACAUCAUUAAACUUCACGGGGGAGAACCAGCUAAUUUCCUGGAUGUCGGUGGUGGUGCCACUGCUAAUCAAGUGAAAGAAGCCUUUAAAAUUAUUACUGCCGAUCCUAAAGUUUAUGCAAUCAUGGUCAAUAUCUUUGGAGGCAUAAUGCGCUGUGAUGUCAUUGCUGAAGGAAUAAUUGCUGCAGUGAAGGAACUUGAUCUUAAAAUACCGAUUAUCUGUAGACUUCAGGGAACCAAUGUUGAUGAUGCUAAAAUAUUGAUUGCUCAUUCUGGGAUGAAAAUUCUUCCUUGCGACAACCUCGAUGAGGCAGCACGUUUAGCUGUAAAAUUGUCAUCUAUAGUAGGUCUAGCACGAGCAGCUCACCUUGACGUCAACUUCGAAAUGCCGCUAUGAACAUAAAUUUAAGUGUGACGCCACACGCCAUGAUACAUACUCUAGUUGUCUAUAUAAUUAUUUAUAUUCCUUUUAUGAAGGUGGAUAAUCCUUAGCCCGGGAAUGUGAUAUUGAUUAAUUUAUUCAUAGAUCAACUGCGCCAGUGAAUUUUAUUUAUAUUAAAUUAAUUAGUGAUAUAUUAAAGCCAAAUUUUGUUCUAUAAAGCAUUUCUUUGGUGGAAAUGAUAUUUAUAUCAAUUUGAACUAAAUGUAUCACCACUUCUUUUGAAGGAUUUUUAAUCAAAAAUGUACAUUUUUAUUUUGAGGUAAAAUAUUAAACAUUAUCAAAAUAGAUUAUUUAUUUAUG